AAUGGAUGACUGAGAUUGAAAAUAAAGGAUCUAAAUUGUUCUGAAAAUUAAACUUCAUGGUUAAAACACUCAUAGAAACAAAAAAACAAUAGAAAUAAACUCAAACUACAAGUCAAACCCUCACAGUUAGAGAGGACACAAAGUCAAACCCUAACCAGAAGUAAAAAAAACUAUAGAAACAAAAAUCAGUUCGGACACCUCCUAAGAGAAACGAAAAUUUGGAAGCCCCAAAAUAUUAUGAGCAAAAGCAACAAUUGCACAUAAAGGACAAGAAUCCCACCAAUGAGCCCUAACGUGAUCAACACCAUAGUUUGCAAACAAUCCACAACCUGAUUCCUUUUGCGAUAAAUGUGAGAAAACCGAACAUGCAUGGAAGGGAAAAUGGUACAACAAUUUACCCAAUCAACGGAUAAAUGCCAAGGCGCCUAAGAAUGUCUAUUAGACAGAAAAUACAAUGCCCAAACAAUAAUCACACUCAAUCCAAAGAGAAUGUCAACCCCUCUCCAAAGCCAUAUAAACAGCCUAAAUAAUAGCUUUAAGUUCUGCCUCCAAGGCAAUAGCAAUGCCAAUAGACCCCGCAAAGAAUCCAAGACAAUGACAAACAAGAUUUUAGCCCGACCAGAUGCAGCCGAAUUCGUAACGCAAUCCUCUGUCGAUGUUUAUCAUAUCGAAGAUGGAAUUCAAAGACUUGCUCAAGCUGACAUAAUCUACAUUAUUCAACCUCUAAAUAACAUCAACCAGUAGAAACAAAUGAACAUUGCCAAAACAAUGAAACAAGAUUUGAAUUCAACCAGAUGCAGCCGAAUCGCUACGCAAUGCUCUGUCCAUGUUUAUCACAUCGAAGAUGGACUUCAAAGACAUGUUCAAGCUGAUCUAAUCUACAUUAUUCAGCCCAUAAAUAACACCAAAUCAGAGUACCUGCAAUUCAAACCACAUCUUUCACUUCCAGAACAAGAUAGUCAAAAAUGGCUAAGCUACUCAGUCGUUUAUCGAUUCCUCUCAUUGUCUUCGUCUUCCUUCUUAUCCUUCUCGCAUCCACCGAGGUGGCAAUGGUGGAAGCAAGAAUCUGCCAAAGGCGUAGCAAAACAUGGUCAGGGUUUUGCGCAAACACCGGAAACUGCAACCGUCAAUGCACAAACUGGGAAGGUGCUUUGCACGGAGCUUGUCACGCUCAAUUCCCCGGAGUUGCUUGCUUCUGCUACUUCAGAUGUUGAUUCAUGAUCAACGAACAGCAGCAGGCAGCAGUAUCUUCAACCUGGAGCUUCGACAUACAUCCAGUUAUAUAAAUGUAAACAAAAGCUACAAAGCUAGCCUAGUACUACUCACCAAAUAAUUCAGCUGCACAUCAUCAUCAAUGUUUCUUUUGCUGCACUUUGCAAAAAAUAAGCAUAAUAAUACUGCUGCAGAACUACUUCUGCUACUUACUAUGACAUGUAAGAUCCACAGCAUAACUAUAACACGCGUUCCCAAUCCAACGAAUUGGGUUCACAAUCUUCGAAUGAAUACGAUAAACAGAGGGUCAUUAAAACAACUGUGCAAUCAGACGAGAAAACUAAUCAAGGGUCCUAACUUCUAACUUCACUUCUCAAAAACUGCAGUCAAGUUUAUCAGACAAAAAAUCAAGAAACGUAUACAUAUGGAUCGCAUGUCAACAAAUGCAAGUUCGAAGUAUCAGCAGUAUGAAGAACAUCGACAACAUAUUUGCAUCACAAAAACUGUGCAGUUAACCGCACCGGAGCACAUCACUUGCUCGUUUCCUUUUAUCAACUAAAGUCACCACACAGGGGAACUGGCAUUCGUUUUGGCUUCAAUUUUUUCCCUAACAACGUGAUACUUUAAACU